AUGAAUGUUACCAAUUCCGACGAGCCUCGCGUCGUCGGGAUUGCAAUCUCCGGGAAGAAUCUCCGGGGAUACAUUCCUUCGGAGCUCGGCUCGCUGGUUUAUCUCCGGCGACUUAAUCUUCACGGAAACAACUUCUACGGCUCCAUCCCUGAUCAGCUCUUCAACGCCACUUCACUCCACAGUAUGUUUCUCUACGGUAAUAAUCUCUCCGGCGUGCUUCCCCCUUCUAUUUGUAACCUUCCCCGCCUCCAAAACCUCGAUCUUUCCAAUAAUUCUUUCUCUGGGCCUCUCCCCAAAGAGCUCAAGAACUGCCGACAGCUGCAACGUUUGAUUCUUGCGGGAAAUAAAUUUUCCGGCGAGAUUCCGAUUGGCAUUUUCCCGGAAAUGGCCAACUUAGAGCAGCUUGACCUCUCGUCAAAUGAAUUUACUGGUCCAAUUCCUGAAGAUAUGGGAGAAUUGAAAUCAUUAACAGGGACAUUGAAUCUUUCCUUCAACCAUUUUAGCGGGCCAAUUCCUAAGUCCUUAGGUGAUUUACCCCUUACAGUUAGUUUUGAUCUGAAGAACAAUAAUUUAACCGGCGAAAUUCCCCAAACGGGUUCAUUUGCUAAUCAGGGUCCGACGGCAUUUUUGAAUAACCCAUUGUUGUGUGGAUUUCCAUUGCAAAAGGGGUGUAAAAAUGACUCACAAAACCCUUCAGGAACCCAGCCUUCUUUGAAGAAAGAUGAAGGGGAUGAGGAAACUAGAAAAGGGCUGAAGCCAGGGUUGAUCAUACUGAUCGCGGUGGGGGAUGCAAUUGGAGUUGCAUUAAUAGGAUUAGUGAUUGUUUAUGUGUAUUGGAAGAAGAAAGAUUCAGGAGGAAGUUGUAGUUGUACUGGGAAAGGGAAGUUUGGUGGAAAUGAGAGGAGAAAGUUGUGCCCUUUUCCUUGUAUUAGUGGAUUUCCUAGUAAUGACUCGGAAGUGGACUCUGAAAAGGGAGCGGAUAGUGGAGGAAAUGGUACUAAUGGUGGAAGUGAAGGGGAUCUUGUUGCAAUUGAUAAAGGCUUUAAUUUUGAGCUUGAUGAGCUGUUGAGGGCAUCCGCUUACGUGCUGGGAAAGAGUGGAUUGGGGAUAGUGUACAAGGUUGUGCUUGGGAAUGGCAUACCAGUAGCCGUGAGGAGACUUGGGGAAGGUGGUGAACAGAGGUACAAGGAGUUUGUGUCGGAGAUUCAGGCAAUUGGAAGGGUGAAGCAUCCCAACGUUGUGAAGUUAAGAGCUUAUUAUUGGGCUCCUGAUGAAAAGCUUCUCAUUAGUGAUUUCAUUUCCAACGGCAGCUUGGCUUCUGCUCUUCAUGGGCGGACAGGUCAGGCUUCAUCCAACUUAUCUUGGGGGACCAGACUGAAGAUUGCUAAAGGUACAGCAAGAGGCUUGGCCUAUCUCCAUGAAUGUAGCCCAAGAAAGUUUGUCCACGGAGACAUUAAGCCCUCCAACAUUCUCCUUGACAAUGAUUUUCAACCGCACAUAUCCGAUUUUGGCCUCAACCGGCUGAUCAAUAUAACUGGCAACAAUCCUUCAUCAUCUGGUGGCUUUAUUGGUGGUGCCCUUCCUUACAUAAAGUCAGCAUCACAAACUGAGAGGCCUAACAAUUAUCGCUCACCAGAAGCUCGUGUCACGGGAAGCCGACCUACCCAAAAAUGGGAUGUGUAUUCAUUUGGAGUCGUAUUGCUCGAGUUGCUGACAGGAAAAUCUCCAGAGCUCUCGUCUCCAACAUCCACAUCGACUUCUUCUGCAGAAAUUAUUCCAGACCUAGUGAGAUGGGUUCGGAAGGGAUUUGAGGAGGAAAACCCACUAUCGGACAUGGUAGAUCCCAUGUUGCUUAAAGAAAUACAUGCUAAGAAGGAAGUACUCGCCGUGUUUCAUGUUGCACUUGCCUGUACUGAAGCAGACCCUGAACUUCGACCAAGAAUGAAAACCGUCUCAGAGAAUCUUGACAAGGUUGGAUCGUGAAAAAAAGAAGGAAAAAACACAGAAAUCAUAGCCGCAACCAAAGAGAUGUCGUGUUCUGCAUGUUCUUCACACAAUUCUGGGAAACUGAUCUGAUGAAGCUUUGGCUAUUUCUCUUGCUACCUCAUCAAAAUUUUGUAUGUUUAUCUCCCCAUCAGUAUUUCCGUUACUUUAGCUUAUGUGAUCCCUGGGAAAUUCUUGACAUUUUUUUUUUUUUUUCUGUUUCUCUUACAAAAGGGUACAUAAAUUCCCGGGUGUUGGCUCAACAUUGGUUCGUAUUAGUAUUUUUUGAUGCUUACCGUAGUUCUUGUAGAUGAUUCAAUUGUUGUACUUUUCUUGGUUGUAUUAUAUACAUCCGAUAAGAAAGAAUUAGUUAGCUUGGAUAUUCCUUACAUCUGAUAUUGUCUUGUUUCCUCAGCAUUUGCCCUAAUAAAAAUGUACAAUUUCAUAUCAUGCUCAUCAUUUUUGUUUAUAACAUUCACACGCAAGACAUUUAUGAUUGCUUAUAUUACAACAAGAUUCUGUAUGAGUGUGGUCCAUGAAAAAUUAUUCUGAACAGAAACCAUUAUUCAAACAAACUCAUUACAACAAUGCAAGGAUAAUGCAAGUUAGAGGUUCAUUAAGGUAGCUAGCCUCUCACAGUGUUGGCAACAUCGAUGACGAACCUGAACUUGACAUCUCCCUUUGCAAGUCUAUCCAUUGCAGUAUUUACAUAUCCCACCGGAACAACCUCAACAUCAGCUGUUAUGUUAUGUUCUGCAGCAAAAUCAAUCAUUUCUUGCGUCUCCUUGAUGCCACCGAUAGCGCUUCCAGCAACCGCCUUUCUCCCGUUAAACAAUGGAAACACAGGAAGUGGCAGAGGCUGUUGAGGCAAACCAACAGUAACAAUCACACAAUGGAACUUCAACAAACCAAUUAGAGUUCCCAGAUCAUGAACUCCGGCACAAGUGUCAAUGAUCCCGUCCAUCGUGUUUGCACUGGCUCGCAUCUGAUCUUUGUCGUGGCUAAUGAGAAAGGCGUCUGCGCCAAGACCCUGAAUUGCAUUAUCCUUCUUGCCAGGACUGGUGCUGAUCACAGUUACUUUGGCAGCACCAAAUGCCUUAGCAAACUUCACAGCCAAAUGGCCUAAUCCACCUAACCCGACCACGCCAAUGUGCAAUCCAGGCCUAUCUAGUCCAUAAUACUUCAUUGCACUAUAAGUUGUAAUCCCUGCACAAAGUAAAGGAGCUCCUCUAUCCAAAGGCAGGUUUUCUGGCCAGCGAAUCGCGUAAUUUUCAUUGACAACCAUGAUGUCAGAAUACCCUCCAUAGUUUGGUGUUCCAUCAUAGUAGGUAGAGUUAUAAGUUGCUACCAUCUUGGGACAGUAGUUCUCAAGAUUAUUCUUGCAAUCUUCACAUGAAUGACAUGAACCAAUUAUGCAGCCUACUCCAACUUUAUCUCCAACCUUGAAUUUCUUCACUUUUUUGCCUACCUGUUUGACUACACCGACAACUUCAUGCCCCGGAACCAUAGGGUAAUUCGAUCCGCCCCAGUCAUUUUUGAUGCUGUGAAGAUCAGAGUGACAAAUCCCACAAUACAGCACCUUGAAUAUCACAUCAUUCUCUCCAGGUGACCUCCUGGAAAACUGGAACGGAGAUAGCACACCAGAUUCAUCCCUGGCUGCCCAUCCUAUGGCCUUUACUGGGUGUUGUUUUGCUGUAGCAACCUCUCUGGGGUUAUUGCUGGAGGCAAUUCUUCUAAAAGACCCAAAUCUUCUCACAAACGCUCUCCAUAUGCCUUUCAAAAUGUUGAUCAGUUUUCCAAUGAAAUCCAUUCCUACAUCAGGAAACAAUGAUGGGGUUACAACUUGGGAAAAAUUGAAUUAAAAAAAAAAAAAAAAGAUCAAAUCUUCCGUAGCAAGAAUAACAAAUUAAUAUGCAUUGGACUAAUCUGAAUGAAGCUUUAACAUGUCAUCAACCUUGUAAUAAGCUGUACAAAAAAUAGCAUUAUAAAGUAAACAAACACAGAAUACAAUGACGUUUAGAAGGAGAUAUAAUGGAAAUGCUAACAGAAUGAAUGCUCUAUAGUUGAGGACCUUAUAAUCAAGACGAAUUGACUAUGGACAAUUCCUGCUUUCUUUACCUGAAGUUUUUGGUUGAGUUAGAUGUGUUAAUGCACACAAGGGAUUGAUUUGAUGCCUAGGCAAUGUAUGGUGAUAGGCUAGGGGACUAAACAAGAGAUUGAUUUCACUGUUACUAGAGUAGCUGACAAGAAAAACACCAGAUACUAACUAUAUCUCGGUACUAAUUUGCUUAUAUUCUUCCUUGAACAACUGAG